AUGACAAGCACUUCAACUGGCCAUCAUGGCGGUGGUUCCUCUUCUUCUUCCUCUUCCUCCUCUUCUUCCUUUUCUCCAUCUUCACAUGCUGGACUUGAGUCAGCGGCGAGUGACACAACCCGCAAUUUCAUUCUUGGUCUCCCAAAGAGUGGGCCGGUGCCGGGGAGCAGCGAUGCGGCCUCACUGCAAGCAGCAGAGGCAUUCAUAGGAGAAAUACAACAGGAGAUCAUGGCAUAUGAUAUCGCUAACGCACAGGCAAUGGAGGCAUAUGCGAAGAGUUGGUGGGUGAAGAUUCCAUUCUUUGGAAAACGAUGGGCAAUGGAUUCCACCACAGUUGUGGCUAGUACACCUCAUACACCGAUAGGGAAUCACACUGUAAACAUAUCCACAGAGAAUGGAAAUAAUAAUAAUAAUAAUAAUAAUAAUAAUAAUAAUAAUAAUAAUAAUAAUAAUAAUAGAAACACAGAGAGUGAUAGUAUGAAUAUGAAUACAGCAACGAGUACAAUGCCUGCUAGUGCUGCUGGGGCGCGUGAUCAUGUACGGGUGGAACGUACAUCCGCUGUGAAGGAUACUCCCAAUGGAUCUAAAUUGCACAUGCAGAAACAACAACAACAACAACAAAUAAAGAUGAACAGUUGGUUAUUUAAACAACGUCAUCCUGGAUGGGUGCCACUUAUUCAACGUCGUUGGGUUCCUGUUCUCUGUGCUGCUGGUAUUAUGGUUAUAUGGACUCCAGAUGUUUGGAAACUACGGGCUUUAUACUGGUGUGAUCACAAGUAUGCACUUUUUCGUCAAUCUAUUCACAAGGCAUAUUGGCGUGCCACAAUGAGUGCGGAGGACUACGCCGUGCUUAUGGAAGAUAUUGAACAGCAACGCCCAACAUCUGUGAAGGUUAGCAAUUGUCCACUUUAG